AUGGUAGCAAUGGGUACAGUAUUCCGUGUGAUUGUCCAGAAAUAUCCUACAAUCCAGACCGGAUAUGACAAAGUUAUUCCGGUCACGUGUUUAGUCGAUCUAGCAGAAAUAGCAGUAAUCGAAGAGGUUCACCCAAAAAAGGACGAUGACAUUGGUGUUAAUAUUACUACAAAACCUGUCGCAAAUCUACGAGUUUAUACCAGCAGUAAAAAUGACAUUAGCGGAGGCGGUGUAGUCAAUCUCAACGACUCAAUUGCAAUGACAAUUACACUGGCAGAUGACUUUACGGACACGUAUGAUAUAAAAGCAAUAGAGUGCACUGCCGCUAUGGUUAAUAUAAUAGAAAACGGCUGCUCUGUCGACAUGGAACUAUUUCCAAAUUUUCAACAUUUAUCCGAUGGAAAGUUGACGUCAAAUUUUCAAGCAUUCCAACCAACUGAUUUGACAGGAAAAGAGGAAGUAGAUGUCGCUUUUUCUUGUCGUCUGGCUGUAUGUAAAGGGAAAUGUGAUAACACUGUCUGUGACAAGAAUAUAGGUCGUGGGAGAAAAAGGAGAGAUACAAAGGACAACAAAAUUGACGAAAUUACAUGCGGAACGUCUAUAAAAGUGGCAAACCGCCAGAAAAAUUACAACCUGCAAGAAAGUCCUGUCGAACCAGAUACCGUAUGUGUACAGACAUUGUCAGCAUACUUUGGUCUGACUCUUGCCGGAAUCCUGUUUUGUUUGUCAUGGAUGCUAUCAGGAUAUCUGCUUCGACAACGACUCGUAGACAACUCUGAAAAUAAGAGAAUGAACGUUGCUAGGGCUGUUGGCAGACGGCUGACUUCUAUGUUGAACCUCCCGACCGGAUAUGACCUUAAAGAAUCUAAGAGAUUUGUUACUAUACCUAGCUCUACUGACUCUACGCCUCCACAAAGAAGAAAGUCGGUUACGGCCACCAAGAUUGAUAUUAAAUCCGAAGAUUGACGACGCCGUAUUCACCAUCGCCUCGUGUUUUUUGUGUGUGUAGAAAACAUUUAUAGUAUUAAAACUGGAACAAGUACUGUCUGACUGAUACUUUGUCAAAAAUAUGUACAUUAAUUGUCUUGAUCAUUAUGGAACGUUCAAGAUAUCAGGGUUUGUGUUAAGGUAGAUGGGGGUCUAAAUUAAAAUCCAUAAUUUUUUUUAAUAAUAUGCCAAAAUGGAGUUUAUAUUAUUCUUUU